AUGAUGUACUCAGACAACGAAAGGUUUACUGCUGUGACAGACCUUGAGUGUCUCUAUGAAAGACAAGCAAAGACAUUUCUUGAGGAUGCUCACCGCUCUAUUUUUCACAAACUGGACAAACGCAGCCUGAGCUUCUAUAAUGCCUCAUAUUCUCCCUGGUUUCAAUGGUUUUAUCGCAUGGCUAUAUGCAUACUUUUCCUCCUGCCACUUUUUGAGUGGCCGUCAUCCUUAACAUUGAACUCUGAUGUUCGAAAAAAUAUUGUUCGCCCUAGACUACCCUGUGGUGUCACGGAAUUUGUUGAACUGAUGUGUCUUCUCGUGGUCCUUUUGGAAUCCAUAUGUCUGUGCUGUGCAUUUGAAAGAUCAUGGGUGAAGCGAAAUCCCUGGCUUCUUGGUCGUUUUGUCGUCUUCUCAGUCUACCUGACCGAUCUCAGCGUAUCCUUGGCGUUUGGCUGCAAUGAGUUUCAUCGAAUUCGGCGUUUUCUGCGGCCUUAUUUUCUCAUCAUUGAUGAAGAAGCUACUCAAAUGCCUGAGAAGAACGCUUCCCAAACUACUCAGCACCCUGUUCCUUCUCCUUCUCUGGUUGGUAUGUGCUUCGAUGGUAGCGUUAUGUGUUUUUUCUGGGAAACAUCACACCGGCAGUGGUGCCGCGAAUUCGUGCUUGUGGACAUGUACAACGAAAACCGCGCCGCUGCAAUCUUCUCCAUUGUCUUUCUUGGUCUCGGACUCUACGUACUCAUGAACAUUUUGACUGCGAUUAUUUACAGUGAAUUCCGUGGCUACAUGUUGUCCUCAGUUCAGGCUCGCCUGACACGCAGACGUCUGGCGACUCGGGCAGCAUUCGAAGUACUGGCACUUUUGGAUCACGAGGACAGUCGGUCCGACUUGGUUCGGAGUGAUCGCCUAAUCGAUUUGCUAGGCUCUAUCAACAUCAGCUCUUGGAAGAAGGAGGCCUUGCGUGAAGCAUAUGUGUCCAGUUUCGGAGAAAGUGACCUCAAUGUCACUCAGUUUAUGCAGCUUUUCCGAACACUUGAUUUAUCCUCGCCCCGAUUCACGAGGGAUCGUCUUCCUCCGGUCAGUUCUCGUUUUGCGCAGUUUCUUCAGGCAUGGCUUGUCUCCUACUCAUUCUACAAGCUCAGUAUUGCCGUCUCAUUCCUGAAUAUAAUCAACCUCGCGAUCGACAUCUCUAGUCAUCUCAAAUCGCCUGGUGUUAGUGUUCAACUGAGGGUACAUUUCUUAGCGCAGCGUAAAUUGCAUCUUGAUUUUCAGAUAACCAGUUGGUGCUUCGUCGCAUUUUAUCUGCUGGAACAAGUUGGUCUCAUGUGGGCUUGUGGAGUGAAGCUAUUCUUCUCCAAGCUGUCCAAUGUGUUCAAUCUGAUUGUGGUCUUGUUUCUAUUGAUUGCUAAACUUGUCGAACUCGCUUUCCUGAUUUAUGCGAAUGGGGAAUCCCCUACCCACCUGGAGAAUUUUCCCUUAUGGGACAUAGUCAACCUAACCAACAUACUAUUGCUCAUGCGAGCCCUCCGCUUGGUAAACAUGUUUGUAUGGACCAGUUUGGUGACAAGUGUGCUCAAAGAUCUACCGCGUAAUCUGGCACCAGUGUUGGGAAUCCUGCUAUCUGUUUACUACGUUUACGCAUUGCUUGGAAUGAGUCUGUUUCAUGGGGUAAUUGUUUACAAUGCGAAUUCCAGCUCAACAGAGAAUCUCCAAUGUGGAACCUACCAACAGCUGCAGUAUUGGUCCAUCAACUUUGACGACUUUGCUGCUAGCAUCGUACUGCUCUGGGACUUGAUGGUUGUAAACAACUGGCACGUCAUUGUAACCGCAUAUCAACAAACUCUGAACAACUGGGUUCACCUUUAUAUGAUCAGCUGGUGGCUCAUCGCUCCCGUUGGACUCCUAAGUUUGGUUACGGCAUUUGUGAUUGAGAGUUUUUUGCAUCGUCGUGACUUGUAUUUCAAAGCUCUCGCGUUGGCCAGUCGCCCGAAGGAGGUGGUCCAUGUUAGUGGUAAUCAUACACCGGACCUUACAGUCGGUCCUUCUAACGGUCCAUCUGUUAACCACUCAAGAACAGCUCGCUCGUACUCGCACCACACAGAGACGUUUUCGGAGCCCAUCGUUUAUGAUACGACACCAGUCACCGUGUUGCAACCGGAGCGAUAUGAAGAGCAGGUUUCCACAAUCAGCACUUCAUCACUGGACGAUCUCUUUCGCGCCGCCCUUCAGGAGCCGUCUGAGGAGGAACUCUUAUUACAAUUGAACCAGCAUAAACAGCUUCGGCGACAACGUCGUGCAGCUGAAUUCGCCAACACGGUUAACCAAGAGAGCACUAACUGAUCACCUCAGGACACAAUGCAUCUCGCAAUAGCUUGCCACCAUUGUUCAGAAAGAUCCUAUCAAUUGCCUUCAUUUUUUACCACCAUAUCCAAUUAAAUUAUUCUAUUCUCACCUGUUGGUGUACUGUUUUCUAAUUUUGAGCAUUUUCUACACCCACAUGG